AGCCCCUUUAGACUAUUACUGUGACCACCCUGUCGACGUCGCUCUCCUGCUCGACUCGUCAAGCGACUUCCAACAAGUCAAUUUCGAGGCACAAAAGAAAUUCGCUGAAAGUUUCAUAACUUAUUUCAAACUGCGCCGCACAUUGAUUGGUGGUGCGAUUGCCAUUGUUCCGUAUAGUGACAAGAAAAUCACUCGGUUGACCAUCAGAAAUUUUUAUUACUCGAGAUCAAUUGCUGGGCUGACAAGAAAGAUUAAGACACUGAGAUAUCUGGGUGGCAAGAGCAAUCUGCAGGAUGCGUUCCGUUUCGCGACUGAUGGAUUGUUCGUUCCCACGAUGGGCGCCCGUUCGUGGGUCCCGCGCGUGGUUGUCGCGAUUACUGGCAGUUGGCGAACUUGGAGUUCGUCGCAAACACGCGAGGUACUGAAUAACUUUGGGAUGUUAACCGGGUUUUCUAGUUCCCUUUGUGCAAAAAGCCACAAACCGCGGCUGUAAGUAUGCCGAAAUCUGGCUUGCAGGUUUUCUCUGGGGGAAACAUGACGCUUGCUGAACUUCUAGCCAGACAUUUAUAUCUAGUGGAGCUAUCUCUUGUAAAUAAACUUAGUUUAAGUUCUUUGUAUGUUUGCAUGGCGAUAAAACAUAUAAUAGUUUUGUUUGUGGAAACACCACGUAAAUUUAUUACUGCAAAGCUUUCGAUCCGUAAGCCCGGAUCUUCAUCAGUGCUAAUAAUAUGUAUGACAUAUUAUUAGCACUGAUGAAGAUCCGGGCUUACGGAUCGAAAGCUUUGCAGUAAUAAAUUUACGUGGUGUUUCCACAAACAAAACUAUUAUAAACUUAUUUUAGUUCAAGUUUCCUCCUGUAGUAACACUGGAUCAAUAAGAGAUGAUCCUUACUGGAUCUCUAGGAAGAACAGUUUAGAACUGAUAGAGCUAUCCAUUGUGAAUAAAGUUAGUUUAGUUUACGUUUCCUCCUAUAGUAACACUGGGUCAUUAAGAGAUGAUCCUUACUGGAUCUCUAGGAAGAACAGUUCAGAACUGAUAUAGUUAUCCAUUGUGAAUAAAGUUAGUUUAGUUCACGUUUCCUCCUUUAGUACCACUGGAUCAAUAAGAGAUGAUCCUUACUGGAUCUCUAGGAAGAACAGUUUAGAACUGAUAUAGUUAUCCAUUGUGAAUAAAAUUAGUUUAGUUCAAGUUUCCUCCUGUUGUGACACUGGACGUGUUCUUUAGGUUCGCAAAAACGCUCGACGUUUACAACGCGAAGGCAUCAAAUUGAUGAUCGCAUUCGUUGGUUCUGUGGAAGGGCGGGAACAGCAGGACAGAGCGUUGUUUGAGUCCAUGGUUAAAUCAAAGGAUGAUUUGUUUAUGAUCAGAUAUAGCUACGGCUUGACUCAAGUUGCUAAGAAAAUGGUCCAGGAUCUAUGCCCUGUACCCGGUAAGUUCAACAGACUAGAACAGCAUGGGUCUUGUGGCCGAUUUACACUACAUAAGUCAUAACUCUUGCCUAAAACUGUCGCAUACAACCUGCUUACAACUUGAGUUGUUCUGUGUACGUAAAUCAAGCACUUAACUCGCCCGCAUGCAACAAUUUUAGGCAAAAGUUGUUUAGCGUGAAACGGCCUUUAGAUGUUGUCAGUGCGCUGCCUCGGUUAGCACACUGCCCUAUAUACCCUAUGUCAGUCAAACCUGCCGCUGUAGGUCGAGGGUAGCUCAAUAUUCAGAGAUGAAUCCAUCCAAAUCUGGCAGGGGGGGGGGUUGCUCAUGGUUCAGGGUGCAACCGUUGACCAAGUGCGUAGUCGCUAAUAGAGGUGUGCAUCGGAUCGGAAUGGACGUUUAUAAUCCGACAAUUGGCUAAUGUUUAAAAUCCAAUCCAAUCCGAAAUUGUCUAAUCCAAUCCGAUCCGAGUUUUGAUAAAGAAUUCCGAUCCGAUCCGAAGAAUCCUUUAAUAAAAUAAAUUUCUCAUUCAAGUGGAAAUGUUUAACCAAAUAAUAAUUAUUAUAUUAAUUAAUUCAUUUUAUUUCGAAUAUCGAAGUCCGAUCCGACUACGAAACAACUUUAUCAAUCCGAUCAAAUCGCAAAUGAAUAUUUUUGUUCUGAAAUCCGAACGAAUCCGAUCGGAUUCGAAUCGAAUUUUCACACCUCUAGCUAGUCUAUAGCCUUGCACUCGCCUUUGUAAAUCCCCCUGCACCCCCCUCCCUCAAGUAAAUCCAUCCCUUAGUGUUAUUACCUGCUCUGUUAUUACCUGCUCUUGAAAACUUGUUGAUUCUCUCAUGUUCUUCAAGUUAUUAUCCCCCCCCCCCCAACUGUGCUCUGUGAUCUGACGUGGGUUGCAACCAGUAUAUUCCCAGAUCUCUUCUUAACCAUUUCCCUAUUUUCUCCAGAUAUUAUUCCAUGUCCUGUGACUGCUGACAUUGCAUUCAUUGUGGAUUCAUCUGGCAGUAUUGGGGUACCCAACUAUGUGAAAACGAAGUACUUCGUGUAUUCCAUAGCGAAUGCCCUCAACAUUUCCUCAUCAGGAGCCCAUGCCGGCGUAGUAAUAUACAGCGAAAAGGCCAAACGACCUAUAAAGUUCACCGAUCAUACGAACAUUAAAAGUUUUAAGGAAGCUGUUUACGGUUUGGAAUAUAUGCAAAAGGUAAUGGAUAAUAAUCGAACGGUUGCGAACUACACACGUAAGAAUCUCACAUCCUCUGAACAAGAUGUGUUCGCAAUGGUUGUUGACUUGUUGACAAACUGUUGAAUUGCAUGCAGGACGAUAACAAGUUGUUGGAACAGCUUGUAACAAGCCUAUUGAGCUCAACAACCUUGUAGCAAGUUCUCAACGAGCCGUUGGCGAUGGACGGUCGGUUGGACGGUCAGCCUGUCGGUUGGAUGGACGGUCGGUUGGUUGUUCGUUGGAUGGUCAGUCGGAUGGACGGUCGGUCGGACCAUAGUGGUCGGACGGUCAGCCCGUCGGUCGGACGGACGGGUCGGUUGGUUGCUGGUCGGACGGUCAGUCGGAUGGACGGCGGUUGCAUGGUCAGUUGGUCAAACGGACGGUCGGUCGUCUGUCAGUCGGACAGAUGGACAGCCGGACGAUCAGUUUAUUUUAACACAUGCUUAAAUUACUUUUCUAGAAAACAAGGAUAGAUCUUGGUCUUCAGAAAGCUCACACAGACUUAUUUUCACCGUAUUACGGAGGAGCUAGACCCGACGUGAAGAAACUGGCAUUUAUAUUGACUGAUGGACAACAAAAUCCUAAAGGUGAUAUACCUUUAAAAGAAGCAGCGGGCAAGUUGAUCAAUGAUGACAUUAAAACAAUCUCUAUUGGAAUCGGCCAAGAGGU